AUGUCAGACUCAAACUAUGACAGCAGCAAGAAGAAUUUCUUUGAGGAGGAAAUAGAUGAUGAGGAAAGUGUGAUUUUGACAUUGGUUCCAGUUAAAGAUGAACCAGACAUAGAACAACAAAUGGAACCAAGUGUUUCGUCAACUUCUGAUGUCAAACCAAAGAAGACCAGGAAACACAGCAAAGCUCAUCCACCUGAAGUGAAAGAACCAUUCAGCGUUCUCCCCAAAGCCAGAUGCAAAGUCCCAGUCCUCCCCUUACCCACCAUUUUGCCUCCCAUUACCAAGGUGUGUCGGGACACGUUGAGGAACUGGUGUCAACAACUCAGUUUGAGCACCGAUGGCAAGAAAACAGAUGUUUAUCUGAGACUUCAGAGGCACGCAUACCCUGAACAAAAACAUGAUAUUCCUGCAACAUCACAGGAGGCCAAAUUACAGCCAUAUUCGAGGGAACACAAGUCACUGACCAAGAGAGCAAGGCGUCGGAAAAGUUGUAAGCUGAACGAGAGUGCAUUAGAGAAUAUUACCGUUGAAGUGGUAACUUCAGCUCAGGAAGCCAUGCUGGCGGCAUGGGCAAGGAUUGCUGCACGAGCCGUGCAGCCUAAGGCUGUGAAUUUACGAUCCACUCCUGCUUCUGUCGAGGCCUUUGUGAUGCCAGUCUCUGGUAUCAGGUGGUGUGUGGUCCAUGGCAGACCUCUUUCGGCAGACACAGAAGGUUGGGUUCGCCUGCAGUUUCACGCAGGUCAGGCCUGGAUGCCUGCCACGCCCAGGAGGAUGAUCUCUCUCUUCCUGUUGCCAGCCUGCACUUUCCCAUCCCCAGACCUAGAAGAUAAUAUGUUAUGUCCCGACUGUGCUAAGAGGAAUAAGAAGAUUAUGAAAAGAUUAAUGACAAUGAGGAAGAAGAAGUAA